AUGGCGAGCAUCGACUACGUCUUCAAGGUCGCCAACUACGAGAGCCAGGCAGUAAAUCUGACAGCUACUGUGCACCUGCCCAAGGAUAUCAGCUCAAUCAAGGGAAUCGCAUUGUAUUUCCACGGCGGCGGCUAUGUUGUUGGCAGUCGGGCCAUGCUUCCAGCUGCGUAUAUCGAGGCUUUGCACGAAGCUGGAUUCAUUGCCGUAGCUUCCGACUAUCGUCUUUGUCCCACGAUUUCUGUGCUGAACGGCCCAGUUGCUGAUUCGGUGGCCGCCUACGAAUGGGCGCAGAAUGAGCUCCCAGCACUUCUUCAGCGGGAUCGUGGUAUCCAGGUUAACGGAAAGAACAUUGUCACUCUCGGUCAUUCGUGUGGUGGAGGUCUAGCACUGCUAAUGGCUUCUCGUACACACCCGCCCAAAGCGAUUUUGGAUCUGUUUGGUUUCAAAUACCUCCGCGAUCCAUUUUAUCAUACCGGAGUCAGCGCCGCGCCUUCCAAUGCAUCCGCACCACCACCAGCCGAUUUCAUCGAAAAGGUGUUUGACGAAUAUCCUCCGCCGGUCGCUGCACCGCCCCCCUUUGGUCCCAAUGGGCCUGAUCUGAGCACGCCUCGCGGGGCCUAUCUCGUCACAUCGGUUCGAAAGGGCAUCCAAUUCGAUAAGAUUAUUGCCGAGAACGAGUACGAUCUGGUGGACCCUGAGAAACUGCUCAAGAGACCCGACUUUCCGCCAACGGUCUUUGUCCAAGGCACCGCGGACGUGGUGGUGGACGCAAAGUUUGCAAAAAGGGCGCAUGAGGAGCUGCAGAAGAAUGGAAUCAAGACGGAGCUACAUCUUGUUGAAGGCGCUGCUCACGGAUUCGAUGCCAGACUUAAGCGUGACGACGCUGCCUUUGCGCUCAUUCAGAAAGGCGUAGAUUUUCUGGCGCAAUGCCUAUAA